AUGGCCAACGAAGGAAAUGAAAACGGAUCAUUAGUCAGCGGUACCAACCCGAUGGAACAGAUCAUGGAAACGGCAGUCACCAACUUUUUACAGGCCUUGCAAAGCAGCAUAACCAAUGGGACAUUAGAAAGACGAGAAGAAUCGACUACGAUUAAACAAUUUCAAGAUCUGAAACCCACUACGUUUAUCGGCAGUCCAAACCCACUAGUAGCAGAGGCUUGGGUCAGGGACAUGGAGAAAAUCUUCCGCGCACUACCUUGCACAGAAAGACAGAAGGUGACUUUUGCCACCUUCACCUUCAAGGACGAUGCACAAGAAUGGUGGCUCCUUACCCUGGAAAAGGAAGAUAUUGUGACUUGGGUGAGAUUUUUAGAAGUAUUCUAUGAAAAGUACUUUCCAGAUUCACUACGGGAACAAAAGGCGUCAGAAUUCAUACAUCUAAGGCAAGGAACCAUGACAGUGGCCUAA